AUGGCAGACGUUCUUCUAGAUAAGGUCAACGCCCUCGAGUCACAGCUACAGAAUGUGAAGAGCCUCCUGACCAGUCAUACCGCCGAGGCGAACGGUAGCCCAAGCCCAGCUUCGGACAAAUUAGCAGCAGCGCGCCUUGAACUCCUCGAACUCGCCAACAACCUCGAAUACGCCGCCUUGGGCCCAACUGAAUGGCUCAAGGCGAGCUUCGCGGUGACAAAAUACGACCACCUCGCCUAUUACACCCUCUCGCAAUUCCCCCUCCAUCAACACAUUCCCCUAACCGGCUCAAUUACAUACGAGGCCCUCAGCACCGCGAGCGGCAUGCCGCUAUCCCCGUUGAAGCGCAUCCUCCGCCACCUCAUGCUCAACCACCUCUUCACCGAACCGAAGCCCGGCCACGUCGCGCACUCCGAGGCAUCGCGGCUCUUAGUCACAGAGCCCGGGAUGACAAGCUGGAUGGGGCAUAACUACGACGAGGUGUUUCGGAGUUUCGGGUUCUUUCCCGAGGCGUUGAAGAGAGGUUCGUCGGGGGUUGCCGACAAUGGACAUCCCGGGAAGACCGCGACUGCGCUUGCGUUUGACCAGCCAGAGGGGUUCUUUGGUGGGUUACUUGCGCAGGAGCCCUGGCGGGCGAAGAGGUUCGCGGAGGCGAUGCAGGCGAUGACGAGGGGGAGUCAUGAUCAUUCGCAUUUGGCGGAUGGGUAUGAUUGGGGACGGUUUGGGGGUGGGCUUGUUGUUGAUGUCGGCGGCUCCUCCGGCUUCCAAAGCAUUGCAAUCGCCACUGCGCACCCUGAUAUCCGCUUCGUAGUGCAAGACAUCGAAGACCUCAGCACAAAGCUCGAAGAGAACAUUUCCUCACUCGCGCAGCGCCCAAAGAUCACCUUCCAAGUCCACGACUUCUUCAAGCCGAACUCCGAGACCAGUGCAGACGUCUAUUUCCUGCGACACAUUAUCCACGAUUGGUCUGAUAGCUACGCGAGCAAGAUCCUGCGGAAUAUCGCGAGUGUGAUGAAACCAUCAGCGCGGAUUGUGAUUAUGGAUAUAGUUGUACCUGAGAAGGGGGUUUUGCCGUGGCAUACAAAUCGGAUGAUUAGCUUUUUGGAUUUGCAAAUGAUGGUCGUGGUGAACGGGAAGGAACGGAACCGGCAGGAGUGGGAUGAGCUGCUUGCAUUGGCUGAUCCGCGGUUGAUGAUUUUGAGCGUCAAGCAGCCGCACUAUAGUGUGGCGAGUAUCAUAGAGAUUGGUUUGGUGGAGUAG